AUGAACUGGGUCGGCGGCAGCCGGAGCAGGAUCAUAUUAAAGCAGGAAAGGAGAAAGCAAAAGGAAUUCUUUGAAAAGAAGAAACUUAAAUCAAAGAUGAAGCUUCUGGGAGUAUCAUCUCCUAAAAGCUCAGCAGUCAGUUUAGAUCUCCUCAAUCUAUAUGUUGUUAACCAGAUAUCAACCAAAAAAGACAACACUGAGAAGAUGAGGAAGCCAGUCCACGUUGAUAUCACUGAAGAUGUAAAAAUACCUGUUAGGAGGCACAACAUAGAGCUUCCCAUGUCACCACUACGUACACAACGUACAUCAAAUUUAGAUGACAUCCAGAACAGGUUACAAAAGCAAGUAUUGGACAGCAGAAGGCAGCAUCUCUCAGAGAAAGUAAAAUGCCAGCAUAGUUUAUCACAAGUAACAGAAUUAACAUAUGCUGACUCUAGUAUGGAACAUGAAGACAACAUAGCAAGAGCUUUUAGUGCCUGUCCAUUGUCCUCUUCUGUUUUUUGGUCCUCUAACUGUACACAACUUCCAGAAGAAAAUUUCAACACAAAUCCAAUGAGCAACACUUGGGAACAGACCUAUGAAGAGAAGCUGCAAAACCAGCUAGGAAAUAGUUCUGAUCGAGACUCUUGGAUUACAAAACCUCCAAGCCAGUGUAUUUUCAGGAAGUCUGAUACAAUACCUCAGGAACUGCUUAAGCCAUUGCAUCGGCUAGACUAUAUGAAUUCUGCCAGGAAGAAUCCAGUGACAAUGACCAGUAAUGAAUCAGAAAACAGUGAAGGAAUAAAAGAACCAUUGUUUGAUGUUGUGAAAGAAACUGUAGAACUGAAAGCUCCCCAAGAUGGAAGUGAUUGUUCGUUUCUGGGACUGUUUGAAGAUGAGAGCAAACCAAUCUAUAACAAUCCUUCCACAAAGCAUUUUAAUCCUUUUGUUAACCAAAGCGGUACUGCCAUUUUUUUCAUUGAUCCUGAUGACAGAAAUCAAAUGACCAACAGCAAUUAUCCUUAUGAUACUACAGAGGCUUAUCCUGCAAUCAAUGCAAAAAAAAAUUCUGUAGACAGACACCUUGAAGGCAUUUUCACAGCUCCAGAACACGUUUUACUUAAAAGUAACAAUGCCUCAAAUGCAAGCUACAUGAAAACCAGUGGACUUCAUAAAACCUGCCUGCAGGACUAUCAUGAGGGACAGCACUACUUCAUACCCUCUGAAAAGAAAGAAAAACCUGCAAACCUUGAAAAAAUUGAGACAUUUGCUUAUCGCCAUGAUCAGCGGAUUAACAUAAAGGAGAAUGUGCAGAACUAUUCAAGAAGAAGAAGUGACGACAGGUCUGUGAAAGAAUCAGCCUGGAGACAGAACCAGCUCUUUGGAUUUGAAGAGACUAUAUGCUGUCAUCCCACAUGUGGACAGAAUGUGGAGUCAUCACUCAGCAGCCAAUCUCCCAGUUACUCUCCGAGGCAGAGAGAGAGUUGUUUCAGCUCUAGCCCUGACACAUCUGAAGAGGAAGAUACAGCCAAAAAGAAGGAAUAUCUGAAGGAACAGUCCUUGAAGACAGAUGAUGCCAACUUAGUCUCAGCCUCAGCAAGCACAGAGCCCCCCAAGACCUCCCGUACCAGAACGGUGCCUCUCCAGCCCAGCAGUAUUUUGAUUAGAGAAGAAGCAAAGCAUCUUCAGGAGAAAGACUCGAUUUUAUGUGCCACAGAGGAGGAGAAUAAAAACCACACUGCCUGGUCUGAGGGCAGCUCAUUACACCAAACCCUUAAAAGGGAGCAUGUCACUUGCAGUACCAGGCGUGAUGUUUGGUCGCAGACUGAGCGCUCCGUUACAGAAGCCGAGAAAGUGGAUGUUGCCACCCAGUGUGGCACCAUGCAGGUGUGCAGCUGUGGGAGCUCCCUCCCCGCUGCCCGCAGCCCAGGCACCGCUGGAGGGCACAAAAUGCCCACACAUGAGGUGCUGCAGCCUGCGGGCACAGGCAGGGCGGCAGGAAUAGCGGCGUUUUCUUCUGAAGCCGAGUAUCUGAGUUUGGCUGGCAGAAGGACUCUAGAAGUGCUGAACUACAUUGAUAUAAUGAAGGAUAGAGAUAAGCAGUGA